AUGCGCUCCAAAGACAGAAUUUCCUAUUUCUAUGAUGGUGAUGUGGGCAGUGUUUAUUUUGGACCUAACCAUCCCAUGAAACCACACAGACUUUGUAUGACACACCAUCUUGUUCUCUCUUAUGAGCUUCACAAGAAGAUGGAAGUUUAUAGACCCCACAAGGCAUAUCCUGUUGAGCUUGCUCAGUUUCAUUCAGAGGAUUAUGUUGAAUUUUUGCAUCGGAUUACGCCUGAUACUCAGCACUUGUUUGCGGGGGAAUUGGCUAGAUAUAACCUUGGAGAAGAUUGCCCUGUGUUUGAAAACUUGUUUGAAUUUUGUCAGAUUUAUGCUGGUGGAACGAUAGAUGCUGCACGUAGGUUGAACAAUCAACUAUGUGACAUUGCUAUAAAUUGGGCUGGUGGAUUACAUCAUGCAAAAAAGUGCGCGGCAUCCGGAUUUUGUUACAUCAAUGACUUGGUUUUGGGGAUUUUGGAGCUUCUGAAAUAUCAUGCUCGUGUUUUGUACGUUGAUAUAGAUGUUCAUCAUGGUGAUGGUGUUGAAGAAGCCUUUUAUUUCACUGACAGGGUGAUGACGGUUAGUUUUCACAAGUAUGGAGAUAUGUUCUUUCCUGGAACUGGUGAUGUUAAGGAACUAGGAGAAAGAGAAGGAAAAUUUUAUGCUAUAAAUGUUCCUCUGAAGGAUGGAAUAGAUGACACUAGCUUCACUCGGCUAUUUAAAACAAUCAUUUCCAAGGUUGUAGAAACUUAUCAGCCAGGCGCAAUAGUUCUCCAAUGUGGAGCAGAUUCGUUAGCUGGGGACCGCUUGGGUUGCUUCAAUCUUUCCAUUGAUGGGCAUGCUGAAUGUGUUAGGUUUGUGAAGAAAUUCAACUUGCCUUUGUUGGUUACAGGAGGUGGGGGAUACACAAAAGAGAAUGUUGCUCGAUGUUGGACUGUUGAAACAGGAGUUCUUUUAGACACAGAACUACCCAAUGAGAUUCCAGAAAAUGAGUAUAUUAAGUAUUUUGCCCCUGAUUAUUCAUUGAAAAGUCCUGGUGGACUCAUGGAGAAUUUAAAUAGCAAAUCUUAUCUUAGCACAAUCAAAAUGCAGGUACUGGAAAAUCUCCGUUGUAUCCAACAUGCUCCAAGUGUACAGAUGCAAGAGGUACCACCUGACUUCUAUAUUCCCGAUUUUGACGAAGAUCAGCAAAACCCUGAUGAGCGCAUGGACCAGCAUACCCAAGACAAGCAAAUCCAGCGCGAGGAUGAAUACUACGAAGGUGACAAUGAUAAUGACCACAUGGAUGGCUAA